AGAACCUACCAGUAAGAACGUAAGGGGAUACAUAUCUACAACUCGUGGAGCACCUGAAUAAACACAUACAAUACACUGGAAAGUUCAUAUAGAAAGUGGAGAAACACGUUUGAUAGACAUCAGGAACCUAAUACCGACUGUAUCAGGUGUCGUUUCGCGAUCCGUGUAUGAGGAGGCAGUGUCGGCACUCAGUGAUGUGUUUCACCAGAUAACCUGAAUUACAUGUAUAUUUAUCGUUAUAAACUUGUUCAUUGAUACUGAAUUCGUUUUCUGAUGUUUUCUUAUCGAGACACGGUUGUCUUUCGUGUUCUUGUUGUAACCUGACUUAUAUAACUUUAUUUUCCCAGCAUCAGUCUCUGAUACUUGAAUUCACAUGGUUUGCUUAAAGGAGUUUUACGUUUCAUUGAUAUAUAGCCUCCUAAUAUUUCCGCGUGAAAUAUGGACUUCGAUGAGACCAAGCGAAAGGGAAACGCAGUAUGACAUUGACUUCCGGUGGAGCGCUUGGAGUGAGUUCUUGCCAUGCUCUCGUUCCUGUGGUAUUGGAAUUAAACGCCGCUAUAGGACCUGCUACAGAUUCGGACGACAUCCUACUCCAGUAGACGGUGAACUGUGUCGCGGGGACGCGGAGCACUACCACACCUGUAAUAUCCAGGAAUGUCCGGAAGGGUCCCUGGACUUUCGACGUCUCCAGUGCGCUUUCUUCAAUGGGCUGUCCCACAACAAUCGCAAGCACUCCUGGAAACCGUUUAUCACAGAUCAACUGUCACCAAGGUCAAGGCCACUUCUCCAUCCCUGUUCACUCGUCUGUUCAGCCGUAGGCGUGGCCGGCUUGGUCGUCAAGUUUACGUCACAGGUAGUUGACGGCACUAGCUGUAACCAAGGCAAUAGGCGCCAAGUGUGUGUCAAAGGUCAAUGUCAGACACUUGGCUGUGACCAGGACCUCGCCUCCAGUGCCGCCUACGACAGGUGUGGGGUCUGUGAUGGAGACGGAACUUCAUGUGACGUUAUUUCAAGUUCAAUAUCACAGAUACUCCAUUCAGGCUACAGGACUUUAUUAGAAAUAGAGGCGGGAUCCCGUAAUAUCCAUAUACGACAGACGUCAGGCCCGGAAGCUACCGUCGUUCAACAACGAGAUACUGGGGCAAAGCAAGUCCACUGUCGAGAUACUGGGACAAGUCAAGUCAUUAUCGAGAUACUGGGACAAAUUGAGUUCAACUACGAGACACAGGCACAGAUCAAGUCCACUCUCGAGAUACUGGGACAAAUCAAGUCCACUGUCGAGAUACUGGGUUGA